CUCGCGCUCCCUCGGGAGAGCCCCGGUUGCUGGGUCCCCGCCGCGCCCCGUCCCUUCCGAUGACGAAGGCUCCGUUCUCUGUGGAAUGGCUCUCGCAGAGUAGCCGGAAGUCCACGCAACUGCGGGAAGGUAACUCCGAGGCGUCCCCUCGAAGAGGAGGCCAAGGCCCGGGCGGGGCCCUUCGCUUUCCUGGGUCCCCCGAGACGUCCACGAGUUCCCGGUCCCCGCAGUUCCCCGCUGCCGCCGCCGCCGCCGUAGCCGUCGGAGGACCUCCUGCAGCCAGAUCCGGGGCCCCGGGCUACGAGGCCCCUCCCGAGGCGAGCCGUGGCGGCUGCGGGCCAGCGGAGGGCCCUGGGCCCGAGACUCCGGGCCGGGGAGCGCGGCGCCUGCGAACGGCCUUCACGACCAAGCAGAUCAGCACCUUGGAGAGCUCCUUCAAGCGCCACCACUACCUGGGCGCGGCCGAGAGGCGCAAACUGGCCGGCAAAAUGCAGCUGUCGGAAGUGCAGAUAAAAACGUGGUUCCAGAACCGCCGCAUGAAGCUGAAGCGCCAACUGCAGGACUUGAGGCCGCCCGACCCGCCUCCCGGCUUCCCCCUGCACCUGUACAGCCCCCUGCUCCUGCGCUCCCCGCCGCUGCCGCUGCCGCUGCCGCUGCCGCUGCCCCUGCCCGUGCCGCUGCCGCCGGGCCUGCCCUACGGGUACCCCAGGACGCCGCAGCUCCCGGGCCUCAUCCAGACGCCGCCUCCCCUGCCCCCCGGCUCCUGCAAAGCGGCCCCUCCCAGCGUCCCGUCCGCACUGGCCUGCCUGCUGAGCGGCUGCCCGGACCAGGCCUCCUUCCUUCGGACUUUGUGACGCUGGAGGGGGGAGGGGCGGCUGGACCUUUCGGGAGGCCUCCGGCCUCCGCCUCCCUGCGGGCUCGAGGAUGGACUGGCUUAUUUAUGGGCGCAUUAAAUCGUCACCUUUUGCA